UCUGGGGCACCUAUCAUUGGCCACUGUUGAAAGACACGAUACUGGGUCUGAUCCAGUAUGACCAUUCUUAUGUUCUUAAAAAUCUAGAUCUACAUGGAAUUUCACCUAACUUCCAGGUGCAAUUCAAGAGUAUGGUAGGGGAGUGGUGCCCACCUGAAGAGCACAGUGGAAGCAAACCUCCACCUAAUAACAAUAUAUUGGGUCACGUUGUUCAUAGAUUGAUGGACAUUGUCUACCCUCCAAUGCCUGAACACCCACCACCUGUAUUUCCUCCGUUUCCUAUCCAGGGAUGUGUUUUAGGAAAGCUUUUUAGUGGAAAAAGCACCUGUGUAAAGUUCUUGGAAGAAGCUUGCAACAUUCAGGUAUUGUCUAUUGAUACUCUGGUCCAAGACAGCAUCAAAGCUUUCCAUGAGAGUGAAAAGAAAAGUGAAAGCAGCUUGAUUCCACAAGAAGCAGAGGGUUCUGGGAAACAAAAUGAAGUCCUGAAGAGGCCGCCUUCAGCUUCAGCAUCUCAGGUUUCUGAAACAGUGCCAAAGAGCAUGUCACUUGAUGGAACCAAAGGUAAUGGUCUUGUUGGAAAAGAAUCUUCUCAUCAAGAAAUUAAGUCAAGCGAGAGUAAGGAUGAAGUAUCCAGACUAUCUGUUCGUGCCUGUCUUGGUGCAGCAUCAGAGAAAUUGUUGAAGAAAGGAAAAAAUAUUCCUGAUGAAUUGCUAGUUGACAUCAUGGUGGAGGCUAUUAAACGAACACCACAGAAGAAGGGAUGGGUCAUGGAUGGAUUUCCAAUGACAAUAAACCAGGCAAAACUCCUUGAAAAAGCACUUACAGGGAGUGAUUCAGACAAAGCAGAAACAAAGGAUGAGAAAUCUAAAAAGCCCUCCCUAGUUACAGACCCAGCAGCCCCAAAAGAUCCACCUUUGUCCCCACCUGCAUUUGAUUUUGCUCUGUUAUUAGACAUUUCAGACACCACAGUGCUGGAACGUGUGGCUGGCAUGAAGGAUAAAUCAGGUUCAUCACAGAUUCAGCUGGAAGACAAUGAUCAAGCUUCAGAUCUUGAACUCAAAGAAAGAGAGAAGAUCGAUUUAGUCAGGGACCAGAUAAAACAUAGAAUUGCAGGCUUUCUAGACAACUGGCCAAAACUGGAGAAAUGGUUUUCAGUGCAGCAAAAUAUUCUAGUGAAAGUUAAUGGUGAGACAGAAAAGAACCUUCUGUGUAAAAGGAUAAAGGAAAUCUUCCUGGAGGAAAUUGCUAAAAAAGAGAAUAGAAGAAGAGAACUGGAAAAAACAGAAUCUGAGAAAAAGCAAGAAGUUUCUACCCCUUUGCCACAAGCUGAGACACUAACAGUUCCAGCAGAUAAAAAUAAGAAAACUGAAUCUCCUUCUCAAGAUAAGGAGCCUAUGCCUGCAAAGUCCAAAUCAGCCAAAGAGCUAUCCAAAAAAUCAGAGUCCUUUAAGGACAAAAAGAUAAUGAAAGAUGAAGCACCCAAAGGAAAAGAUGCAGCAAAUAAACCAGGCUCUGAUCGAGGAAAAUCACCAGGGAAAAAAUCUUCACCAGCUACACCUGAAGAUCUACCUCCUCCCACCCCUGUAGGACCACCACCAAUUAAACCAGGAUCAGAUGAAUGGGUUUAUGUAGAUGAGCCACUUCCCAAGGAAAUAUCUGGAUUUUUAGUACCUUAUUGGGAAACGGUAGAAAAUACAUAUGAAAAUACCAUCAAAACUAUACUUAGAUGUUUAAGAGAAGAACAGUAUUCUGUGAUUCACUACUUAGCAGAUAAUAGAAACCAUUUUAAGGAUUACCUGAAGCGUCCAGACCAUAAGCAGGAGUUUGUAUCUCAGUGGCAAUCUGAUUAUAAUGCCAUUGCUGAUGAUCUGUGGGAAGAUGAGGAAACAAAAGCAGAAUUACACCAAAGGGUUACUGACCUGAGGGACCGUCUCUGGGAUAUUUGUGAAAACAGAAGGGAAGAAGCAGAGCAAGAACGUAGUGAUAUCAUGAAUGAUGGCUGGUUACCAGAUCAUAUAGGAAUCCUGAUGAACCAUUUCUUUUCACUUAUGCAGGUUGAAGUGGACCGUUUCCAAGAUACAAAGAGAUUUCUACAUGACUAUUACAGGGGAAUGGAAGGCAAAAUGCCAACAGAGGCCUGUCAAGAGUUCACUCGAAUCCCAUUAUUAGAUAUUGUUAAUGUCGAGCAAUCUGUGGAUCAAAGCAAGUCAAGAAGGAUUCCCAUGGUUCCUCGUAGACCCCCUUCUCCUGAAAUAAAUGUCAUCAAGCAGAAAAGCAAAGCAUUUCAACUAAAGAGCAAUAAGGAGGAGAAUUCCUCUGAAAGUAUAAUAUUUAACUUUGGGGCAGAUGAGAAACUUAUCACUGAUACAUGGCAAGCAGCAGUAACAGCAAUAUCAAAUAUGGUAACUGCUGAAAUACAAUCAAAAGAAGCAGAGGAAGAGAAAGAACGCCAGCAGCUAGAAAAGAAAGAACAAGAACGUCAAAAACCUUCUCAGGCAGCAGGAGGCAAAGGUGGUGGAAAGGAUGCCAAAGAUACCAAGAAACCACCUCCAAAAUCACUCACCAAAAAGAAAGGUGUUCCUUCUCCAGCACCUGUGGUUGAAGCCACUCCCAUUCCUCUAACACCAGAGGAACUAAAGAAACAAGAAUUAAAGCUUAAAAUGAAACAGGAAUAUUUUAGUGCCCUUGAAUAUGAAGAGGAAGCUGCAAAAUCUCGACUACAGCUGAUUAAGAUAAAGGCAUUAACAUUUGUUGAAGAACUAGUAAUGAAAGCAGAAGAAACUUACAAAUGUAUGGAAAAGUGGCUUGGCGCCAGGUUCCUUGCAGAAAUGGCCAGUGUUGACAAAUUAACUGAGGUUGCACGCCACCACAUUGAAUGUUCUACAAGAAUCCAAUAUGAAUUGGUUUUAGAUGAGACAGACUUCUUCAUAAGCAAUGAUGUAAAAGUAAUUCCAGAUCCUAUCCCUCCACCACGGCCUUCACCUGUAGAGACAUCUGUAAAUGGUACCCUAACUAUUUCACAACUUAGCACACUCCAUAAGCAAUUUCUACAGGUGGCACCAAAAGCCAUAAAAGCACUGAAGCAUUUUAAAGGCAAGAAUAUCUCUCCUAACAAGAGCAAAGUCGGUGACGAAGGAAAAGAGAAACAGUGUUUUGAACAUCAAGCAAAGGGGAAUCGCCAGUUUCUGAAAACAUGGCUAACGAAAUACCCCUGGUUAAAGUAUGAUGAUAAAAGAGGAAUAAUGUUCUGUUCCCUGUGUCGCAAGCAUAAUGUGAACUUGGGGGAAAACAUACAUAAUUUUUGUUCUGGGACUGAUAUCUUUAAGCUUGAAUUUAUAAAUGUACACCACAGCAGUGAAGCUCAUGCCUGGGCUAGUUGCAUGGAAGCUGCCAGCAGUGCUACAGGAGACCAAGCUUCUACUGAGCAGAUGUUAAAGAGCAUGAGCAAAGUAACUUUAGGACGAAUAGAAAAUAUUUUUAGAACAUGCCAUGCUAUAGCCAAGUGUGGACGUCCUUUCACAGACCUUGACUGGAUGUGCAAACUGGAUGACAUGAAAGGUGUGGACAUUGGUUCUAUGUUUAGAAAUGACAAGUCAGCAAGAACAUUUAUACAUUAUAUUGCUGAAGUAGAACGUAGGGCCUUGAAAGAGAAACUCGAAAAAUGUAAGUUCUUCUCCCUUAUUAGUGAUGGAGUGGCAGACAAUGCAAUCAAAGAAGGUGCAGUUGUAUAUAUACGCUUUGCCUCUGAAGGAAAAGUCCAUUGCCAGAUUGUUGGGGUUCAAUCAGUUGACAAGUCUGAUGCUUCAACUAUAAAAAAUGCCAUUGUGAAAACUUUGCAAAUAAAUCUUCAGGUCAAUCUGUCAAGUCAAGACUGGUCAAGAAAAUUAGUUGGGUUUGGGAGUGAUGGUGCAGAUGUCAUGGUAGGAGAAAACAAUGGGGUAGCUAAGCUGCUGAAGGAAAUUCAGCCUUGUGUGCAAUCUGUGCAUUGUUUUGCUCAUCGACUUGAACUGGCUUAUAAGGGAGCACUGAAAAGCAUUCAGCUAUACACCACUCUAAGUGGUCUCUUGCAAAAUAUGUAUUACUUUUAUCAUAACUCACCUCUAAAUAAGAGCAAUCUCAAAUCCACAUAUGAAACCCUUAAGCUACGUCCAGCGAUUCCCUCUCGAAUUGGAGGCACUCGAUGGCUUUCUCGCCUACAGACAGCUCUCCAGAUCCUACUUAAGGGUUACCCUGCAAUUCUCCUGCAUAUGAAUAAGUUCCAGAUGCAAGGAGACCCAAGUGCCUCAAAUCACCAAAAAGCCAAAUGCCUUCUAAAGCUUCUUCUGAAAAUGGAGGUUGUCAAGUUCUCUCACUUCUUGCUGGAUAUCAUUAAUGUUCUCAACAUUCUAUCCCGUGUUACUCAGGAUCGUAACUCUUCCAUUGCAGAUAUAUUUGCAACCAUGCAGUCGACACUGGAAACACUCCAAAUGUAUAAAACAAGAUCUGGUCCAAAGGAGCGCCUAGUUGAUGCAGUUACACACUUUCAUGGUCACCAGCUUGUAGGAAAUGAAAAUAUCUUACCAGUACGAACUAAAGUAUUAAGUAAUCUGGUGAGGAGGCUACAUGAUUGCUUUUGUGAUGCCAGCCAAGAUGUUUUGAGAGCUACCACCAUUGGAAGUUUUAGACUUUGGCCAGACAAGAUCAAACAAGAAUUUGGUGAAAGGGAGGUCUCCAUCCUAACUAAGCAUUAUCAACCAAUACUGGAAGGUGCCAAUGUAAAAGUCGAUGAGGUUGACACUGAAUGGAGCAUGCUAAAAUUAGAGCUAUAUGACAGAUUUCAGAACAUUCGGAGUUUGACAUGGGAUUCAGUGAAUUCAGAUUACUCUCACAAGUAUCCUAACAUCCUGAUGCUGGUAGAUUUGAUCCUAACACUUCCUGCAAGUUCAGCUGAGGCAGAGCGUGGCUUCAGUCAAAUGAAGCUUACCUUGAUGCAACUGCACUCUAAAGGAAUGUCUGAAAGUGUGACUGAUCUCAUGAUAAUUCAGCUGAAUUCCCCAGACAUCAAAAAGUUUGACCCAGAGAAGGCUAUUCAUUUGUGGAAUAGUGCUUGGCAAAGACAUAGAAGACUACAGACUGCCUAUAUGAUAACUAAUGGAAGAUCAGAUUGCUCCUCAGACUCUGAUUUUGAUAGUCAUUAUGGGAGUGAUUAGAGUUGUUCAAAAUACCAAGUUUUCAUUUUUGUAUCUUGCAUGGAGAUUUUUGUAACAUUCCUUGAAAAUUUAGCCAAAGCAAAAAUUACACUAAGUUCACAAAAAUUUAGCAUUGCCAAGAUGGCAGCCAUUAUAUGUCCACUACUGAAUCUCCAACAGCUUCUCCGAUCUGCCCAUAUACACUUGAUAUAAAACCAAUAUCAGGACCAAACCCAAAGAUAAUUUAAAAAAUGCUACUCUAGAGGACUUCAUGCCAUUAGUGGCUCCUCUCAUUUGGGGGACAGUAUGAUGUCUUGUAGUUCCUUUUAAUUUAUUAUCCAUGGUUGAAUUGUAGUACACUACAUCCAAUAUGAUUGUCUAUAAUCUCAGCUGCAAACUUGAUUUAAACAAGUGUCUUGAAAUAGUUGCUUAAGAAAGAUCAUUGGUAAAGCCCUUACUUUUUUUUAACAAUCCAAUGAGAAAUAUACCUCUACCCCGAUAUAACGCUGUCCUGGGGAGCCAAAAACUCUUACCGUGUUAUAGAUGAAAACUCAUUAUAUCGAAUUUGAUUUGAUCCACCGGAGUGCACAGCCCCGCCCCCCCGGAGCACUGCUUUACUGCUAAUUCAUGUUAUAUCAGGUCUCAUUAUAUUGGGGUAGAGGUGUACUAAGUAACCAUUCCUGUCAAAUGAUGCUUUCCCCCUGUAUCCUGUGAAUCUGGGCCACACUGUAUCCAAAAAAUUGUCUUUCAGUUUAUUAGAAGUGGUAUAGAAUCAUAAAAAAAUGUAGGGCUGGAAGGUACCUUGAUAGGUCAUCAAUUCCAGCCCCUGCGCUGAGGCAGGAUUAAGUAAACGUAAGCCAUCCUUGACAGAUAUUUGUUUAACCUGUUUUUAAAAAAUUCCAAAUGACAGGGAUUCUAGAACUUUCCUGAGAGCCUAUUCCAGAUCUUAACUACCCUUAUAGUUAGAAAGUUUCCUAAUAUCUAACCUACGUCUCCCUUCCUGCAGAUUAAGCCCAUUACUUCUUGUCCUACCUCCAGUGGACAUGGAGAACGUUGGUUCACAGUCCUCUUUAUAACAGCCCUUAACAUAUUUGAAGACUGUUAUCAGAUCACCCCUCAGUUUUCUUUUCUCAUGUCUAAACAUGCCCUGUUUUUUUAACCUUUCCUCACAGGUCACAUUUUCUAAACCAUUUUUGUUGAUCUUCCUUGGAUUCUGUCCACAUCUUUCCUAACUGGAUUGAUAAUUAUUUUUUCUGUUCUAUCUUGGCUGACAACUACUGUGAUCUCAUUUAGGUUUAACGUUUGUCAAACUUACCCUGCAAAAUACUUUUCUAGAGAGCUGUAAUGAUGCGGCCUCUGGCGGAACAUAACUGAGAGUAUCAAUUCAGAACAAAUUGCUUAGAGCAGGGCAGUUACAGCCCAAGGCUGGGUUUUCUUUACUAUUAAGGCACACCAGACAUGCCAGAGAGGACUUUGGUUUUACCUCACUGGCUAGCCAUAUGUCACAUAAGCAAUUCCCUUAAGACACACCAGUUUCCCAGUAUCACCACCAGCACCACUCCUUAUGGGGAUGAUUGGUUAUGAAAACCAAUACCCCAGUAAAAGAAAAAGGGUUCUCCCGAUCCCAAAGGUGUUUAAGAUCAGCAAGGAUUUCACUGUUAAGCCAAGCUGGUCGCCUGCCACAUUUAUUAUUCUUUCUAUACAUUGGAAUGGUUUGUUCCUGCAACCUCAAUAAGGAUUUUUUUUAAAAAUACAGCCAGCUCUCCCGGACUCCUUUCCCUCUCAUGUUAUUCUCCCAGGGGAUCCUGCCCAUCAGUUCCCUGAGGGAGUCAAAGUCUGCUUUUCUGAAGUU